AUGCGCCCGCACAUGCACAAGGCGAAAGCCGUGUUGGCGAGCGACGGCAUCUGGGAGGUGGUGGGGCAAAAGGACUUGCCCUCUCUGGUGCUGGAUGGCGCCCCCUGGCCGAUUAGGGCAGACACUGCCAAGCUGCAGUCAGCCGCGUUUGAGGGUUGGGCCUCGCUGACAGGAGGCGGCUACCGCGAUGAUGUGACGAGCAUGGUGAUUCCGCUGGGCUGCGAAGCAGCGCUUGCGGUCGAUUCAUAG